GCGCAUACCUUUCCCUUGUUCUUGGGCAUGGCGAAUGUGUCGCUUUGGCGUUUGGAAGUUGUCUAGUGCGGCUUCGUUGCCUGAGAGGGAGAGAGCGGGAAAAUUUGACGGUGAAGUGCUCGUUGUCGUGGUCGUGGAAAAGAAGGAGGGGCGGUUGCUGUGACGCAUGGCUUGCUUUGGCGUGGGGGACUUCAGAACCUGCCAAAUCUCUUGGCCAGCGCGUACCGUCUCUCUUUCGUCAGUCACCACCUUCACCUUUACUCAUUGUUCUUUUGUCAAAGCAAUCACACGUCGUCGUACAAUGUCGCGACCACCGCCAAAGAAGUUGCUCAGCGCCCUGUUCAACACGCGAUUUGAGCCAUUUUCCAAGCCCGUAAAUUGCACCACCUUUAUUGCUACACAAAACAUAGCGAGUGACGAUCGUCACCCUCUCCAUAUUCCAACAUCGAAUCGCCUCGACAAUUGGAACCCACAACGAUUACACUGGGUCAUCAGAACUCCCGUGGCUGUGUCAAAGAAACGCACCAUACGCUCCUGGGUGACGAGAAGGUUUCGAGACACCUUUAUAUCUGAAUUGGAAAAGUCCGGUUUCAACAGAUGGGGCGAGCCUCUUGCUGCUUCCAAGAACAGAAGACCACUUACGGGUGCCUUGGCCAUUACCCUUCUUCGCCCUGCCCUGACUGCUGCUUCCGAGGACGUGCGUGAUAUUUGCAGUCAAAUCUUGCGAAAGAAUAUACUUUCUCGCCAAAGGCCUUGAGACGCUUGAGAAAGCCGAACGAGAUGAACCAUGUGACCACUUUGUCCUCUGACCAGC